AUGUGGGCAGUAACGCUUCCCAAAGCUUGUCCGUUCUUAUUCAGCUUGAAGACACGCAAGAUGUUGAUGAAGUACACUGCAUUUGGGCCAUCUUUUGCGGUUCAUUGGACACAGGAACACAAAGUCGGCUCCUUCUUGAAGCGCCGGGCAACAGUGCAGACGGAAUUAAAUGCUCAAACAGAUCCACGGAAAAUGCAGGAGCUCUCGCAGGAGCUGUCCAACAUCGAGGAGCAUGUGGUCCGGUCUAACUUUUGGCUCGGCACUCUCCAGAGCACUUUGGUGCGUUUGCAAAAGGGCGAGGAGUUCCUCCGACAAGCAGAUGUGGCCAUGGGCUUUUUGGCUAACGCCAGUAAGUUGAUGGAGGUCCAGUUUGAGGGCGAAACAGGCUUUGGCAUUGCUGUGACUCAGUCCUUCUAUGUCGAAGUGGCACAAGCCUUGCAGGAGCGUAGCAUUAACAGUGCCAUGCCUAUGUGGGUCGAAGACAAUGAUUCCAGUGCUGGACAGCAACAUUUGUUGUGUCGAAAAGGUCUUCUAUUGAAGCCGUUGCCUCCUGGGCCCUUACGUGACCGGGUCGUACAUCGAUUCCGCUUCUUGGGCAGGCUGAUGGGACAGGCCUUGCGAGAAGGCUUCAUCGUUCCGUUGCCCUUGGCGGAUGAUUUCUUUGCGCUGCUUCUGGAAGAGCCGCUUGGGCCUAGCAGCCUCCCAAAGCCAGGGCACGGAGUUGCCGGAGAGUUGCUGGGCGCUUUGUCCGACUUCCUGGAUGAUUUGGCGCUCAACGAGGCACAGCAACGAGAGGCUGGACAAAGCGAGGAGGAGAUUCAGGCCUGGCGCCAGGCGCAAGUCCGGAAUCUCAGCCAUUGA